CCCCACUAUCCAGCAUUCAAACUAAUCGUACCACCCAACACCACCACCACCACCACCACCACCACCAACAUGUCUGCAAAUAUAGUCCUCCCUACUCUCACAGCGCUUACUCAGUCGCGAGUUACCUCGUUGCUUACCUCUACCACAGCAUCUGAGUUCGGUGAUGUUUUUGACUCAUUCUUCGAUCGUGAAGUCAAUAUCACAGUUAAUGGCAAGCACCUCUCGCGCCAGCAGUACAAGGAGCAGCUUCUGUCCCAGUCUGCUGUUAACAAACGAAGUGCCACCGUGAACGUUAGCGGAGAACUCGAGGUCAAAGACACCGACGGCGAACUCUCAGGGCUAGUAGGAAUAUUCUACACUGCCAUCGUGAACCUCGAGCCCCUUGUAGGAGGUGCUCCCGCUCAAACCAAGCUUACAUCGUCUCUCAACGUCAUAAUCAAGCCUACCGCUCCUCGACCACCUCAACCUCCCCAUGUCCGUGGAUACUUUGAUCCCCGUCGAGUCGUAACUCUCAACCAGGUCUACACGGACCAACCAGUCCCUUUCCACCUCGGGCCCACAGCUCUCUCCGCUGCCUCAGUCAAACCAGCUGAGAAUGUCGAGUUUGGACCUGGUCCCGUGAAGCUCCCCACGGAGAAUAUUGCACUUGGUCCAGGUCCCGUCAAAAUUCCUCAUUCGCCCUUUGGGCCUCCGUUUGGCCCCGGGCCUGUGCGCCUGCCUCCAAGUGAGACGGGUGCAACGCCUGAGCAGCUUCCAGGUGAUGGUGAGUUUGGACCUGGCCCGGUUAUUCUACCAGGGUCAGUUGGAGAAGAGAAGAAUUAACUGAUGAGAUAGGAAUAUAAUGUAGGGUUCAUUGAUUUAGGAUAAUUCUAACUUAGUUUUUGGACGUUAAAUAUACUGUAAUGCUCUUGCCUACAUAUGACAUAUGAUUACUAUGAUCAUGAUAUCGAAAUCUCUC